AACGAUUUGAAAAAUGACCUUCAGGCUAUCUACUUGUAGACGUUAGAAAUACCCGGGUCGGGCAAUCGUCUUUAAAAAAAUAAGUGAACACGGGUUUUCCUCGUAUAUAAUGUGGCAAGAAAUCUCACAAAAUUUGUGUAAAAAUGUGUCGGAUACUUUUUUAUUGGAAUACAUGCAUAAAUUAUGCGGUGGCAACCCUCACUGUUCUGGCAGCAAAGGAAAUUACGAGAUAGCAAACUUCAUAGAAAGGAGCUGGAAAGAAUGGGGUUGGCCUAUUGUUGACAGACAAGAAUUUUAUGUUACUCUUCCUUUGGGCCCUCCUGAGAAUGGUCCAUGGAAUGAGGUUCUUCUAACCAACUCGGAUGGCACCGAAGUCAUACACAGAGCUCAAAAUAGUGUUACUGUUCCAUCGAAAUCUGAAAUCUGCUCUCCAAAUGUAACUGUUGACAACUCCUGCAGUAACCAAUUACCUGUUUAUCAGGCUUAUUCAUGCUCUGGUGAGUCGUUUGGAUAUUUUGUAUUUGUGAACUAUGCAAGACGUAAGGAUUUGUUGUUGUUUGAUAAAUUGCAAGGCCGAAAGAAGUGUGAACCUAGUCAUAUAUGCAACAGGAAUGUCAUUGUAAUUGCCAGACUGGGCAACGGAACUCGACAAUCCAAGUUAAAAAAUUUAAUGGAACAUUGCACUUGUGGUCAAAACAAUACUUCACUUCCUGACCACCAUCCUGGCGCUCUUAUUCUGUAUCCUGAUCCACAAGAUUUUGCUGUAAAUGGUCUAGUUUAUCCUAGUGGGAAAGGGUUACCAGGGGAUGCUCCUGUAUUUGGUCAUAUGAAUAUGAAAUAUGCUGGCGGUGGUGAUCCGACCUGCACUGGAUUUCCAUCACUUCCCCAUAUUUAUCGAACUGAUACACUUGUACAAGGUGAUGCCCUUACACAGAUUCCUGUUCAACCUAUUGGCUAUGAUGAUGCCAAAAUAUUUCUAUCGAGCUUAGAGGGACCAACUAUCCCUAAUGAUUGGGAUACUCGUUUGGCGACUCAUUUGGGACCAUCAACUAAAACCUGUUUGAAAGUUGUAGUACAUAAUCAAGUUUCUAAAAACCCAGUGAAGUUAUGUAAUGUAGUGGGUAUAAUGCCGGGUGAAAUGACACCUACUUCAACUGAAUCUGAUCAAUAUGUAAUUAUGGGUAAUCAUCAUGAUGCGUGGGUACAAGGCGCUUGUGAUCCAGGAUCAGGUAUGGUGAUUUUACAAGAAAUCGCUCGAAUUCUUGGCGAGGCUUAUCGUAACGGUUUCAAACCUCGUCGUACGAUAAUUCUUGGUUCUUGGGAUGGAGAGGAAUUUUCUGUCUUGGGUUCAACACAUUUUGUACAUAAAUCUGAAUAUGAACUAUUAUCUAGAUGUGUUGUUUACAUCAAUUCAGAUUGUCCAGUUAAAGGUCAUAAAACUUUUUCAGCUCGAACCGAUAGUUUAUUAAUUGAUAGUCUUAUAAAUGCUGCAAAAUUAGUUCCAGUUGAUCCACCAAUAAAUAUGCAAUCAUUCUAUGACGAAUGGUUAAAUAAUAAGAUUAGUGAUCGUAAUGAACCUGUAAUCACAUCUCUUGGUGGUGGAUCGGAUCAUAUACCUUUUGCCUAUCGUUUAGGGAUUCCAUCAACAUAUCCAGAGUUUUUACCAGACGAUGGCUUAUACAAUGCACCAGUUUACCACACUGCUUAUGAUAUUAUUGAUGUUGUAGAAAGAUUUACUGAUCCUGCUUCACCAUUUACAGGUCACUUCCCUCGACAUAGAUUAAUUGCGCGUUUAAUAUUAACGCUUAUUAUACAGUUUGCAUGUGCUCCACGUCUGCCACUUUCGAUAUUGAGAUGUUCACAAUGUUUAUUGGAUGAUUGGUUGAAAUUUAUGGAGUUAGUAACGCAUCAAAUACCUAAUAUUUCAGAAUAUGAUGUGAAUCUAGAUUGGGUUUUGGAAGAAAUCCAGAAGUUUAAGAAGUCAUCUCAAGAUUUUGAAGAUUUCGCAAAUACUAUGGAAAGAAAUUGCACUAGUUUUCCCUCCUAUCUGAAUCGUAUACUUGUUGGUGUUUCUAAACAUUUUGUUGCUGCUGGUCAAUGUGAAAAAUCAUCUUUGAAAAAUGUCAUCCAAGGAACUACUGGUUAUAAAUCAGUUUAUUUUCCUCAUGUAAAAUCAUCAUUUAAAAAUCUUAAAAUCUUAUAUGAUAAAUGUAAGACAAAAACUUCAAAUUCAACAGAACUGCACGAUUUCAAACUGGAGCUUUCAAAUGUUUUGAAUUGUUUACAACAAUUAACUAAUUGGCUUCGAAAUAGUUGGAUUGGUUUGACUAAUUCUUCAGUAGUAUUAUAAUAGUUACUUUUCAUAUUCAUUUUUAUAUGGACUUUAGUAAAAGCUAACAUACUUUUCAUGUCAUUUUAUAAGACUUUUAACUAAUAGUGUUUUUUACCUUCAAAAUAUAUUUUGUAGAUGCA